UAAAUAAUACUAGCCGCCAUCUUGUCUCUACUAGUCGCCAUUCGAUUGUUUACUGACGUUGUUUUGUGAUUUAUAUAAAAGAGUUAAAACAGCAAAUUAUAUCGUUUUGUGUAAAGGAAGUGGGUAUACUAUUUGUUUUGGUGCCAUCCUAUAAUGUUAUUCAGUGGGAAUAGAUGGUGCUAACUUCUCAUACUACAGCUGGCUAUGAAUAAAACCAUAAUCACAUAAAAUAAAGAAGGCGUUGGCUAUUAACAAAUAACACGGGUAAAUGCAGGUUACUGAGGCAGAUCAAUAUAGCUCUAAAAGGGUCGGAGUCGCGGAACAUUUAAUCAAUUUCAAAUCAUCGCCGAAUUUUAAGAAUAUGAAAAAAUUUAUAAGAUCAAAAAUGGAUCUAAUAGAAAAAGCAAGUCAUACAGCUCCGGAUCCGCCUCCACCUCCAAAUGUUGGUAAUACUGUUAGCUCGGAGGUUCAGCCGCCAUUGCCCUUAGAGCCACCUCCUCCAGACGAGAUAUAUAGCUUGAAUGUUAAAAAAGAACUGGAUGACUCAAAAUUCGAAAAUGGCCCCAGUGAGGAAGUCAGUGAAACACAAAGUAAGGAAGUAGUGAAUGAAGUUACUGGCUCACAGCAGGAACCAACAGAAAAACCUAAAGAAACGAUAUGCAGAGACUUCAUAAGGGGGUCAUGUAAACGUCCUGGAACUUGUCGAUAUGCACAUAAAUUUGAUCUGAGCCAAUUAGUGGGAGUGUAUACAUUUUGUCGCAAAUACCAAACAUCGGUUUGCACGUAUCCCAUCUGUAAAUACGUGCAUGCGUCUGUAUUUGAAGAGCAUCACUUCUAUAGGACAGGAGUUUUGCCACCUCAUGCAUUUGCUCAUCAUAAAAAGAAUAAUGUAGUGCCACCAACAGUCCCACCACAGCAGCCGCAAGAUCUCCAGAAUAAUUUGACAUUAAAUACAAAUAUGUCAAUUAAUCUGACAUUAAACACUAAUAUGUCGAUGAAUCUACCAUUCACAAAUCCUCCGCCACCUAUUCACAAUGAAACGGUCAUCAUACCACAUGGCCUGGCUCAUCAUACGAAUAUUAACCAGAUACAUCCCCUACCACCUCCACCACCACCACCGCCACCAGAGGUCCCGAAUAAUUUUACAGAUGACAAAAGUAUGUCAUUAAAUCAUCCAAUGAUAUUCACAAACCCACCGCCACCUUUACAAAACGAAAUAUCACAACUUGACUCGAAACAUUCGAAGUCAUCAAAAAGAAUUUUACUCGAACAUCAAAACAACAUUGAGCCAUUCGGCAGCUCGCCCAGCGACCGCGACACCUAUGAACCGUUCCCAAAAAAAUGCAAACAUUGUGAUAUCAUGGAUUUCAGAUUGCAAUACCACAAAGAUGAAACUGAAAAGAUGGCGCGUGCUAAAGACCAAAAAACUGAAAAUACGUGCCUGUUAGAAAAUAAGAAGAAAAAAAUCAAUACACUUAUAUUGGCCCUAUUCAAAUUGCCAUCCAAAAAUCAAAUACUUAACGGCAAGCAGACCAAUUAUGGCGGCGACAAUGAUAAGACAUUGUUAGAGCAGCUCAGCAGCGUUUUUACUGUCAACGGUAGAAUGGCUGCCCUCGGGGAGGAUGAAUAAUAUUUAAGGAUCGAGCAGACGAUAGUCUGGAAGGCGAGACAUUAACGCCGGCUCGGUUGUAGUGAACCAUAGACAUUGGUCCACGUUACAACCAACAAGGAAAUAAUUCAAUAACAUUCAGAGUAGUGAGUGAUUGUUAGGGAAGUGUCGGAACGGACGAUUCGAGUUCUCGCGUACUUCGCCCGCCUCGGCUCCUCGAGUGUGAGGGAUGGGACACUGCGAGGCGCCCCACCGACCAGCGGCCCAAGGGUCGCGUGCUCUGAGAGCAACGGCGACUGUCGUUGAGCCAUCUAAGGUUGCUCCGGCUUCAACGCUCCAGAAAGCGUUCUUACACUCAAAGGCGAUAUCGACAGCCUCGUGAUCUGCAGCGUGAUUCAUUACAACCGAGUUACACUGAGGAGUCACACAGAGUGCAGGCCUUUGUGACGACCGACCAAUGAGCGAAGCUCUCAGGGUCAACAGAGCUUAAGACAACGCUAGACGAACCAAUGCGUAUAUUAUUUAUAAACAAAAAUGCUCAACAAAAUCGUAGAAAUCGAUGGGAGUGUAAAUAUAAUGUGUUAAUAAUUUCAAUUUCUUAGAGAAUAUAAAAAAUAAUUAUAGUUGUAAAAAUUAAUCUAUUCUUGACCAAUUUAUUGUAUUUAUAAAAAUAGUUUUUGGUCAUUCGUAUAUCAAGAACGGUCUUAUUACUAUCUCUUAGUAAGUUGUUAGUAUAUUAGUUAACGUGCCGUUUGAAUGAAACUACUAGUUCCGCCAACCACACACCGCCACAGACGCGUCGGCCACGGACGGCCACGGGUCGUGCCACAGCGGUCUCUAUUGACAAUAGGUAUUCAAUGUGAGUUGCGACGCGGAAGAAGCGAACACUGAAUGCAACCAGAUACGUACAAGCCAAGAGUUAGCCCUUAAUAGAUGUAUGUUGUAUAUUUUUCUAAUACGCCUCAGCUCCGCCGGUCUGUCGUUGCGAGACGCGUGAUGUAGACGAGCGAGUACAAGAGGUAACCACAGCAAUACUAUAAUAUUAACGAAGCGAGUGUUAUGCAACUAAUGAUAAGUGUAAGUUAAUGUUUGCAUAAGCGAAAUUGCCUUAACGUAGCUGUAAUUACAUUAGGGACGACCGACUCUGACGUAGCCUUGAGCUCCGUGACCGCGUCCGUACUAGGUUUAUAAACGCGGUAGACACAGAUUUUGUAUAGGAUCAACAGACCAAUAGACGUCGAGUCGCGCCGCAGGAAGUCGCUAUAUCACCGUAUCUAUGGGAUGGCGAAUUAACAUUUCACGUAAUUAGCGUUCUUAUCAAGUGCACACUAUUGUUGGUCGAUGUAAAUAUAUUUUGUACUGUAUUAGACCUUGGUACUUUCAUGUUAAGAUGCAUUUUUCAUCGAACGGUCGGUGCGAUCCGAACGAGGCGGCGGCGGCGUGUCGCGUGCUUGGGAAGCGGCUCGCUUCAACAUACAUUAAAGGGACGGCACGCAGGUCCGCACUGUACUGUGAGCGUGAGCUCGCGGCCUCAGAGGUCACGCCCUCUCUCGUUUUGAUCGCACUCGCCUCACCGGGUUGUACAAACCUUUUUAAUGUUUUGACGACUCGCCCUUGACUUUUAGGGAACAUGAAUUAUUUUGAAUUCCGAUUUAUAUUUUUAUUUGUAUAACUCCCGUGCAUGAGGAUUUUAUAAAGUACGAUACUACUCUAAGAUGUUUUUGAUAUUUUUAAUGUGGAAUUUUAGUCAUCGCUUUAGGUUUCUUUACAUAUUUUAAUAUUACCGCGUGCUCCGACCGCUUCUUGAUAACAAGCUGAGCUCCGGCGUGACGUCACAGUGAAGUGCAGAGCGGACAGUCGGCGCUCUGCUGUAUUCAUAUAUUGUAGCGUGUGAGAGUUCCCGCUGAGUCGACACGGCUGUAAUAGUAAUAACUACACAGAGCAGGUCGACGCGGAGGGAGGCGUACGUUGUGAGUUUGUGUAUCAAGAGCGGUGUAUGUUUGUUUGUAUGAGGAAUAGCGUAGCAACGUUUUAUUGAAAUACAAUUUAAUUAUCCUAUUA